UGCACAUUGUUUUUACACUACAAAUUUAUAUAUAUAUAUAUAUUUUUUUUCUAUUUAAAAUAAAUAUAUAAUAUAAAAAUUAGUAAUUAAAAACAAAAAUAUGUAAAAUAAUUUUUUAUUCUGUUCUAAAUAAAAAUACAAUAAUAAUAAUAAUAAUGAAUGAUGAAGAAACUAAAAAACGCUUUUCCCAAGCUUUGGAAGAUUUAUUAUUGGAGGAGGAUAUCGAAAAUAUUGAAAUAAAAGAGGAAAAUGUUUUUGAAAAUAAUUUCUACAAUGAGAAAAAUCAAAAUUGUCAACUAUUUAUAAAUAAUGAAUCAACAAAUUCAUUUACAGAUGAAGCAAAUGAAAAUAGUAAUGAAAAUAAAAUUUUAUGGCAACCCGGUCCAUCAACAGAGGCGGAAUCAAAUAAAAUUUCACAAUUAUUAAAAUCACAAAUUCCACCAAAUAUAAUGAUGAACACAAAAUUAAAUGCAUUUCGUCAAUUUAUUAAUGAUGAAAUUAUUCAACUUAUUAUUAAACAUACAAAUUUAAGGGGAAUUUAUAUAAUGGAACAAGAUUCAAAUUUUCAAUGGAUACCAGUGGAUAAAUUUGAAUUAGAAGCAUUUUUUGGUUUAUUAAUAUUUCAUGGAGUAAUGAAAUGUAUUGGUAAACCAUUUUCUGAAUUUUGGUCACAAGAAUUUGGUUUUCCCAUUUUUAUAGCAACAAUGACUUGUAAACGAAUGUUAGAAAUUAUUCGUUGUUUACGAUUUGACAAUAUGGACAGUCGAGUUUCAAGAAAAAUGAAUUCCGGCGAUAAAGCUGAAGCUGUGAGAGAAUUUUUAAAUUUAUUUUCACUUAAUUGUAGAACAAAUUUUAUUUGUUCAUCCGACGUUGUUGUUGGACGAAAAGUUUAUUGUAAACCUAAUUCUUUGAUUUCCAAUCAAUCGACAAAAAUGGAAAUAUUUUAUGCUGCCGAUAUUCAUAAUAAUUAUAUAACAAAUUUGGAAAUUCCAAAUGAUGAACAAUCUCGAGAUGAAAUUGUCAUUAAUCUCACUCAACAUUUAAAUGGUUCGGGGAGAAAUAUUUUUACAGAUUCUAAUUGUACAAGUUAUUUACUAUCACAAAAAUUGAAAGAAAAUAAUUUACGAUUAACUGGAUUCUUAUCAAUGUAUCACGAGAAUUUACCAAAUGAUUUUUUCACAUCAGAAUUAAAUUCCAUUUCCUAUCAUAUUAAUGAUACGACAUUAUUUUCUUAUUCUUCAUCAUCGAUUAAAAAUGAUGGAAAAAUAAUUCUUUCUACACUUAAAUUUGAAGAAAUUAAUGAAGCACACGAAUUUUAUGACGAAACAAUGAAUAAUUUUCAUAAAUUAGAAAUGAUGAUUGAUAAAUAUACUGUACAAAAAAAUACCAAACGUUGGCCAUUGGCAAUUUUUUAUAAUAUCAUUGAUAUUGCCACAUUGAAUGCCUAUUCAAUUUAUAAUUAUGCGAAUGAUUCAUUUGAGAGAAGAAAAUUUUUACUCGAUCUUGCAAAAGAAUUAGUGGAAAGUCACAUAAGUCAAAGAUUAAAUUGUACCAAUAAUAGUGCUAAUGAAAAAAUUUUUAAUGCUGUUAAAAUUAUUGGAUUUAAACAUUUGAUAUCGAGAAAAGUUGAAAUAUUUGAGAAGAAAAAAAUUAAACAAUUAAUGACAAGAAAAAGAGGAAGAUGUUUUAAUUGUCCAAGAAGUAUGGAUCGUAAAUCAUCAGAGAGAUGUGAUAAAUGUUUUGCAUUUGUUUGUACCGAUCAUAGGGGUGUUCUAUGUGUUAUGUGUUUGAAUAAGGUGAAAAAUUUUGAUGCAAAAGAAGAUGACGAAAGUGAAUGACGAUUUUGAUCUUUUUUUUAUAUUUACAAAUAAAUUAUGUAUAUAUGUAAUAAAAAGAUGUGUUAAUAAUUAAAUUUUUAUAUUAUUUAAAUAUAAUAAAAUAAAGUGAAAAUAAAUCUA